CAGUGGAGGGGAUGCUUCAACAACAAACAUUCUCUCUCUCUUCUCGGCAUAUACCUGAAGUACACGAACGCUUUCUUCCUUUCUCUAUCUAUCUCCCUUCUUCUUCUUCUUCUUCUUGUCGUGUUUCUUUGGGCAGCCAUGGAAGUGUGUUGGCAGAUACAGAGACCGGCGAGUCUCAGACCGGUUUUCCAGGAAAAGGGUCGGCUCAAGAUCAAUACUUCGACUGGGUUUUUGCCUCGCCCAAAAUCUUGCUCCUUUUCUACUAUUGCUUCGUUGGAAAAUCAAUACAAUUCAAAUGGGUUUCUGCAUCAGAUCACGGCAAGUGCAGAUUUUUCAAGGAAGAAGCAAGGAAGAAUGGCAGCUCCAGGACCCAAAAGCUCAUCUCCUAGAGGCUUUGGGCGACGAACAACAGUAGGAAGUUCUCAAAAAAGAGCUCAGAAGAAGAACGGUGAAAAAGAUAGCAAUGCCACUUCUACAGUAACAAAUGAGGUUUUAGGAGUUACUAAGUUGCCUGAAGCUAAAGUGGAUGUGCAGAAACAAGAUUCUGUUGCUUCUGGUGAGAGGAAUGUGUUAGAUAGGUCGGAAAGUGAGGAUGGAAUUGACCGGUUGGAUAAGAAAGCAACUAAGGAUGAUGCUUUAUUAGAACAAAAGUUAAAAGUUGAAAGGGAAUAUCUUCGUAGGCAGGAAAUAGAAGCGCUUGCAGAGGAAAGUUUGGCUAGAGGUGAUAGAAUGUUUGUGCAUCCCCUUACUGUGAAACCCGAUGAAGACAUUGAAGUGUUUUUCAACAGGAAUCUAUCGACUCUGAACUAUGAACCUGAUAUUUUGAUCAUGGGGGCAUUUAACGACUGGAGAUGGAAAUCUUUCACUAGGAGAUUGGAAAAGACAUGGAUCCAUGGAGAUUGGUGGUCAUGUCUCCUUCAUAUCCCCAAAGAAGCGUAUAAGAUGGACUUUGUGUUUUUCAAUGGUCAAAGUGUAUAUGACAACAAUGACUCAAAAGAUUUCUGUGUAGAUGUAAAAGGUGGGAUGGAUAAAGUUGAGUUUGAGAAUUUUCUUCUAGAAGAGAAAUGGCGAGAGCAAGAGAAGCUAGCUAAGGAAGAAGCUGAGAGAGAAAGGCAAGAGGAAGAGAAGAGAAGAGUCGAAGCUCGAAAGGCUGCAAUUGAAGCUGAUAGAGCACAAGCAAAGGCAGAGACCCAGAAGAGACGUGAAAUGCUUCAACCGGCUCUUCAGAAAGCUGUAAUCUCGGCUGAGAAUGUGUGGUACAUUGGGCCGAGCGAUUUAAAGGUUGAAGAUAAAGUGAAGCUAUAUUACAAUAAAAGCUCAGGUCCCCUGGCUAAUUCCAAAGAAAUCUGGUUGCAUGGAGGGUUUAAUAACUGGGCUGAUGGACUAUCUAUCGUUGAAAAGCUUGUUGAUGCUGAGUUAAAGGUUAAUCCAAAGAGCGGAGAUUGGUGGUUCACUGAAGUCAUAGUGCCUGACGGUGCUUUAGUCAUUGACUGGGUCUUUGCUGAUGGACCGCCUAAUGGAGCGGUUCUGUAUGACAAUAAUAGUCACCAAGAUUUCCACGCACUUGUUCCUCGAAGAACUCCAGAAGAGACUUACUGGCUAGAGGAAGAAAAUCUGAUGUUUAAGAAACUUCAGGAGGAGAGGCGGUUGAAAGAGGAAGCCAUACGUGUCAAGAUGGAGAAAACAGCUCGCUUGAAAGCCGAAGCUAAGGAAAGAACACUUAAAAAGUUUCUACUUUCCCAGAAAGACGUGGUUUACACCGAGCCUCUAGAGAUUCAAGCGGGAAGCCCUGUGACGGUUUUCUACAAUCCUUCAAACACGGUUUUGAACGGAAAACCUGAGGUUUGGUUUAGAGGUUCUUUUAAUCGCUGGACUCACCGCUUGGGUCCUUUGCCACCUCAGAAAAUGGAAGCAGCAGAUGAUGGAAGCUCGCACAUGAAGACUUCAGCUAAGGUUCCAUUGGAUGCUUACAUGAUGGACUUUGUGUUUUCUGAGAGAGAAGAUGGUGGAAUAUUCGAUAACAGAAAUGGCUUAGAUUACCAUUUACCGGUCGUUGGAGGUAUAGCCAAGGAACCACCAUUGCAUGUUGUUCAUAUUGCUGUUGAAAUGGCACCCAUCGCAAAGGUUGGAGGCUUAGGUGAUGUUGUCACUAGUCUAUCUCGUGCAGUUCAAGAAUUAAAUCAUAAUGUGGAUAUCAUUUUUCCAAAGUAUGAUUGCUUAAAGCACAAUUUUGUGAAGGACUUGCAAUUCAACAGAAGCUAUCACUGGGGAGGUACUGAAAUAAAAGUUUGGCAUGGAAAAGUGGAAGGCCUUUCGGUUUACUUCUUAGAUCCGCAAAAUGGAUUGUUUCAGCGAGGAUGUGUCUACGGUUGCGCAGAUGAUGCAGGAAGAUUCGGUUUUUUCUGUCACGCAGCACUUGAGUUUCUUCUUCAAGGAGGUUUACAUCCAGACAUUCUUCACUGUCACGACUGGUCCAGUGCUCCGGUUUCAUGGCUAUUCAAGGAUCAUUACACGCAUUACGGUUUGAUCAAAACUCGUGUUGUCUUCACAAUUCAUAAUUUGGAAUUUGGAGCUAAUGCCAUUGGUAAAGCCAUGACAUUUGCGGACAGAGCGACAACGGUUUCCCCUACUUAUGCCAAGGAAGUUGCUGGAAACGCUGUGAUCUCUCCACAUUUAUACAAGUUUCAUGGAAUCAUAAACGGGAUCGACCCAGAUAUAUGGGAUCCGUACAACGACAACUUCAUUCCCGUACCUUAUACAUCAGAGAACGUCGUAGAAGGCAAAAGAGCCGCCAAGGAAGAAUUGCAAAACAGGCUUGGGCUAAAGAUUGCAGAUCUUCCGUUUGUAGGAAUUAUUACGCGCUUGACUCACCAGAAAGGAAUACAUUUGAUCAAACACGCUAUUUGGCGUACCUUGGAACGAAAUGGACAGGUUGUACUGCUAGGUUCAGCUCCAGAUCCUAGGAUCCAAAAUGAUUUCGUAAACUUGGCAAACCAAUUGCAUUCUUCUCACGGUGACCGAGCUCGGCUUGUUCUAACCUACGAUGAACCUCUUUCCCAUUUGAUAUACGCUGGGGCUGACUUUAUUCUUGUCCCGUCGAUAUUUGAGCCGUGUGGACUGACACAGCUCAUAGCCAUGAGAUACGGCGCUGUUCCUGUUGUUAGAAAAACUGGAGGACUCUACGACACUGUUUUUGAUGUCGACCACGAUAAAGAAAGGGCACAAGCUCAAGUUCUAGAGCCUAAUGGCUUCAGCUUCGACGGGGCUGAUGCUCCUGGUGUAGAUUAUGCUCUCAAUAGGGCGAUAUCGGCGUGGUAUGAUGGUAGAGAGUGGUUUAACUCUCUGUGCAAGACGGUGAUGGAGCAAGACUGGUCAUGGAACCGUCCUGCACUUGAGUACCUUGAGCUCUAUCACUCUGCACGCAAGUGAGAAGAAACCAAAAAAAUAGGAAAGUUUAAGAUCAAUUCUCUUUGUAUGUACAGAAAUUAGCUUUUGAGAUACCUUAGAAAGUUUGAUCAUUUGUUCUUCUUUUAACAUUUCCAAGGCAUUUAAAGAUCAUAUGGAGUCUGCUUUUGUAAUUCUGAAUAAAAUAAAAUUCUGAGCAAAGUUUAUAUACCACUGUUAUAUAUA